AUGGAAGAGCAGUGGCAACUGUUGCCUGAACUGGAGUACACUGAUGGUGUGGACUCGUGGAAUGUUCGCACAAGCCCAGAUCUGGACUCCUUUGUGCUUUGCGUUUUGCAAGCCGGUCAUCCCUUCACGGUCUUAGAGCAGCAGGGUGACUGGCUGCAGAUCCGAACUGAGAAUAACGUCAAGGGCUGGAGCUACCGCAAGUUCGGCGCCCGCGACGUCCUGGUGCCGCUGCACGAGCCGGAAGCGGCGGAAGCGGCGGAAGCGGCGGACGCGUCGAGGCCAGAGACGCCUGUGAAGGCCGAGCUCACGGCCGGGGAGUUGUUGGCCCAGCUGGGCGAGCGGCGCAGGUCCUUGAGCAAAGCCUCGGCGGAGAAGGCCGCGCCCCAGGAGGUGGUGAGGAGAGCGUCCGAGGUGCAGCAGACCAUGUGUCAGCUUGAGCUCUGUGGAAUCGAGCAGGAGCGGCUGUUGGCCGCCGAGAGCGAGGAGGACCUGGCGGCCAUCCAGCGCGCAGUCGAGGACCUUGCCGACGAUUUGCACAGAAACUCUUCCUUCAAGCAUUCAGAGUUUGAGAACCCGCAUAAAGAGAGCUGCUGGCUCUCCACUUUCUUCCAAAGCCUCUGGCACUCGCGGGUCUUCCACGUACUCUUCGACAACUUGGUGCGGCCACUGCCCUCACAGGGCCACGGCUCCGCGGAUGCCUUGCGCAAGACCUGGGACCUCUACGAGCGCGGGGGCCCGGUGCCGGUCCAGGCGCUGGUGGAGGCGUGGGGCGGCGGCUACGGCGACUGCGCGGAGGCGUUCUCAAGGCUCCAGGAGGACCCCUCGCUGCAGUCGCUGUCGGAGCUCAUCGCAUCAGUCCCAGUGCCCUUUGGAGGCCCCACCUUGCCCCCGGCGGCGCUGUGGUCGGAGGUGACGCAAAUGGGAGUGGAAGAUGCACCCUUGCUGGCUCUGGACUUGAUGCUGCCACCUCUGUCCAGCGCCGCCAUUCUUACGCUCACACUGGCCCUGGUGCCACGCCGAAAGCCUUUGGGCGAGCCAGAUCUGGGCGCAGCGCACCACCUGGUGGCGAUGAUUUGCUACAUCGAGGCUUUCAGGCAUUAUGUGGUCUUUUGUCGCCGCCAGUCUGAUGAAAGCUGCUGGCUCUUCUUCAAUGACUUGCCAGGUGUUGCCCGAGGAGUGCGCAAGGAGUUCUUUGAUUGGGCAGCGGUUGCCCAUGAGUGUGCUCGUUUUGAGCUGAGACCCAAGGUCCUCUUCUACGAAAGCGCUGACAAGGCGGAAGAGGGCAUGAAAGUGGUAAGCCCUUCCCUCCGAGCCUCAAUACAGGCGGCUGCUGCGGCCAAAGUGGUUCAAAGCCGGCGGCUUCUGUGGGGUCUCGGGGCAUGUCUUGUGCUGCUGCUGGCGCUGGCGAUGCGGCUGCUUGAGAUCACUCGGAUACUGGUGGUUGGCUUCGAGUGCGAGGAGUUGGACACCCUGCGGCAUAGGCAUGACCUGAGCGUGGAGUGCAAGUCCGGCACCCACAUGAUGUGGCUUGUAUUCAGCACGGCGGGCCUUGUCAUCUACGGUCUUGGAGUACCUGUUUCGCUGUUCAUUGCGCUGUGCCGGGUCCGGAAGCAGCUUUUCCGCUCGGAAGUUCGGAAGCGCUUUGGGUUUCUGUACAACGGCUUCGAGCUGAAGUAUUACUACUUCGAGUCUGUCUACAUGUUCCGCAAGGUGAUGAUUCUUCUAUUCUUCACUGCCCCAACCAUGUAUGUGCGCAUGGUGCUGAUGCUUUUUACCUCCUUUGGCUUUAUCCUUCUCCACGUCUACUCCGGGCCCUUUGACAACCGCAGCUACUUGUGCUUGGAUCGCCUGGAGGCCAUGAAUCUAUUCGCGUUGACUGCAACAGUCUCAGCUCGUCUCAUUUUUGACCUCCGCAAGGAGCUGUCCGGAGAAUUCUUUGAGGAAGUGGUGAAUCACUGGACAAUGAACUUUGCGCUUGUGCUGAGACCUGAGGGCCUCGCAUCUCACUGGACGGACUGUACCGCCGAUCCUAUUCUCGGCCCCAUAGUUGCUCGACUCUCUUGCGCCAUGACGCCUUCUGACACAAGCUCCUCCUCAGAGGAAGAAGGCUUUGAGGACAUCCGCAAUGAGGAUGUGGAGAUGAUGCCGAGGGAUAUUGACGGCACCUGCUUCUCUUGGAGAACCUUCGCAGCGUAUGCUGGACCGGGAUGGUUGAUGAGCUUAGCCUACCUGGAUCCCGGAAACCUGGAGAGCGACUUGCAAAGCGGCGCCUACACGGGUUACAGCCUUCUUUGGGUGCUCCUUCUUUGUACUAUUGGAGGGCUGAUCCUGCAGAUUCUGGCGGCACGACUAGCUGUGGUGACAGGACGCGACUUGGCGCAGACUUGCCGAGCCGGAUACCCGCGACCUUUGUCUCUGCUUCUUUGGAUGAUGACCGAGUUGGCCAUCAUCGCUGCUGACAUCCAGGAGGUGGUGGGCACCGGCAUCGCGCUGAAGGUGCUAUUUGGCUGGCCGCUAUGGGUUGGGUCCCUGGCAACUGGGGUGGACACCUUCACCUUCCUGCUGAUCCACUACCUGGGGAAGCGCUUUCUGGAGGCCUUCAUCUUCGCCUUGAUCUCCAUGCUGAUGAUCUGCUACCUGGUGAACUUUUUCUUCAUGCCGCCCAGUGCCAGCGACUUCUUCAGCGGCUUUACGUUUGGCUGCCCCGACUACGCCACAGUCCAGCUGGUGGGUACUGUCGGUGCCGUCAUCAUGCCUCACAACCUGUACCUGCACAGCGGCAUCUGCAAGCAGCGUGUAUGCGAUAAAGGUGACCAGGAGCACGUCAGGCAAGCCAACAAGUACACAGCAGUGGACUCGGCAGCAGCACUGGCCAUCUCCUUCCUCAUCAACGCGGCGCUGGUCUCGACCUUCGCCACCGGGUUUUUCAGCACCACCUGCGCUGAAGCGUCCGACGGCCCCUUCGCCUGUGUGCCUGGAGGCGAUCCCAGUGUGAGCUGCACCACUGGCACUGGGACUGUUGGACAGUGUGGGGAGAUUGGGCUGGGGCAAGCUGGAAACUCCUUGCACCGGCUCUUCGGAAACCACGGCGACACGGGCCGCCGCAUGUUUGCGUUAGGACUGCUGGCUGCAGGUCAGGCGUCCACGAUGACUGGCACUAUGGCUGGGCAGUAUGUCAUGGAAGGUUUCCUGGAGUGGCGCAUCCCGCUGUUUCUUCGCACCCUCAUCACUCGCCUGCUUUCCCUGGGCCCGGCUGUUGCAGUUGCGGUGUAUACCAGCACAUCGCCGAACCUCAACAAUCGAGUGGACCAAUGGAUCAACGUCUUGCAGUCUGUACAGCUGCCUUUCGCUCUUUUGCCGGUACUCCACUUCAACUCGGACUCCCAGCUGAUGGGGAAGUUUGCGUUGCGACGCAGGUACCGAGUGGUCUGCUGGAUUUUGGCCCUCAUCGUGAUUGCGGUGAACGUCUUCCUGGUUGCUCAGUAUGCGCACUCAGAUUCUGUCUUUACCCGGGUGGCUGUGGCUCUGUUUUUUGUGGUGUACCUUACUCUGAUCGGGUGCACGGUUUGGGCUGACGUUGUGAAAGGAUAUCGCUUCAUUGUACAGUCACUUUCUCGGACGAAUUAG